AUGGAUGAGGAAGCCCUUAGGGGCCUGAGUCCUGCUGCAGAUCCACAAACACAAGCCAGGGCAUUGCAAUAUUUUGAGCAAUUAAAGUCUGUUGGUGAUGGUUGGAAACUUUGUGCUGAAUCUUUUAUGAAUCCACACUACAGUAGUAAUGACCAUGUACGCUUCUUCUGCUUACAAGUUGUUGAACACUUCCUGAAGGAAAGAUAUGCAAAUGUCAGCCUGGAAGACCAACAGAUGAUCCGUAACAUGAUUGGUCAAUAUCUACAAGUGCAGGGUUCAUCAACUAGUGGUGACAGGAGUUUCAUCAGGAAUAAGAUGGCACAGGUGAUAUCACUGGCAUUUAUCGUGGACUACCCUCAUCGCUGGCCCAGUUUUUUCUCUGACCUGUCUCAGGCUCUCACCCCAAGCCCACAGUUGGUAGACAUUUAUCUGCGAAUCUUUCUUGCUAUAGAUAGUGAGGUAGUAGAUCGUGACAUCAUCCACACCAACCAGGAAAUCCAGAGAAACACUCUGAUCAAAGACACAAUGAGGGACCAGUGUAUACCUCAGUUAGUGGACACUUGGUAUCAGAUCAUGAUAACAUACCAGAGUACCAACCCAGAGGUGUGCUGCAUGUGUUUGGAGGUGGUAGGAAAGUAUGUCUCGUGGAUAGAUAUCAACCUUAUCGCCAAUGAUAAAGUUGUGGCUGCCCUGCUCCGCUUUAUGUCCCAACCUCUGCUUCGAGAGAGUGCGUGCGACUGUAUCCUGGACAUCAUCAACAAGGGCAUGGACUCUGUUGCAAAAACCAAACUAGUGGAGUCGUUUACCAGUGUUUUGGAGAGUCAAGGAAUUCUCUCUCCACCAGAGGAUGAGGAAGGAGACUUCAUGGCCAAAUUGUCAAAACUCAUCAAUGGUAUUGGUGUCAACCUUAUUCUCAGCUGGCAAAAACUGUCAAAAACUGGAGACACUGAGGCUACAGAAAUGGCUCUGCAAGCCUUGGAGAACAAAGUUCCUCUUAUGUUUCGAUUCCUUGGUGAUGAAGAUGAUGAUGUUUCUAGUGGAGUGACACAGUUCUCACAAGAUUACAUAGCUCUUCUCAAACAGAUGAAACCCAUUAGUCCAAAACAGCGACAGAACAUGGAGGGUCUGUUGUACACAGUGAUAAAGAAGAUGAAAUAUGACGAGUCCUACAACUUUGAACACGAGGGAGAAGAAGAAGCCAUGUUCCAGGAAUACAGAAAACAGCUUAAGACAACCUUCACCAAUCUAGCUGCAUUGGACAGUGACUUGGUUCUGCUGACUGUACACACAUGUGUGACCCAGACACUACUCCACUGGGAGAAGCGUGAUGUGUGUGAUAUUGAGAUUGCCAUUUUGUUGCUGUAUAUGCUGGGGGAGGCUCUGCCUGCUUCACAAGGACAACAUUUCAGUGGAGAGUCUAACAAGGUGACAGCCCUACAGGAGAUGAUGAGGCUGUUGGUUACAAGUCGAGUUAGCUGUCAGGGACACACAGCUGUUGUUCUCCAGUUUUUUGAGACAGUUGUGCGUUAUGACAAAUUCUUUAACAGUGAACCUCAGCACAUUCCAGACAUUGUGAUGGCCUUUACUGAUGAGCGAGGAUUUCGCCACCCAUCUUCACAAGUGAGGAGUCGCACGUCAUAUCUCUUCUCCAGAUUUGUCAAAUCUCUGAGGUACUAAUUCCUAAUUAAAAGGUCACACAUGCAGCCGUUCCUGGAGGACAUCCUGAAGCGUAUUCAGGGUCUACUGGUGAUCAACACUCCUGACAAUGGUUACCAACAGCUCAUGUCAGGGGAGGACCAGCUGUUUUUGUAUGAGACUGCAGGAAGUCUUAUCGUCAAUAGCUCCCUACCACCAGAGAAAAAGCAGGUGCUUAUGAAGCAACUUCUCUCACCAAUUGCCACCAAAUUUGAAGGUUUACUGGCAAAAUUUACAGCGGAAACAGAUGAGCGUAGAAAAGUGGCAUAUGCUCACAGCAUCAAUAUGUCAACAGCUCUAGCUAGUCGUGUCAGCAAAGGCUUUUCCAACUCUCAGACAAUGCAGCAGUGUGGAUGUGUUGAUACUUUCACCGACUUGCUCCGCAUCUUUCUGCAGGCCCUGAACGCACCCACUCAUCGCCAGCAGAUUCAGACCGGGGUUCGCCAGUACCUCCAUCGUAUGGUUGUCUGCAUGGAGAAGGAAAUUUUGCCUUUCGUACCUAUUGUCAUGGAAAACCUACUGAAGAAACCUGAUGCUAAAGAAUUGCAUGAUUUCAUUCCCCUCAUGAACCAGCUGAUCAUGAAAUUUAAGAGAGACAUUGGCCCAUUCCUACAGAAAGUGUUUAUGCCUCUGGUGCAGGCAAUCUACCAUGCACUUACUACACCUGCAGAUGCUCUCGAUCAAGAAACUGCUGAAGAGAGGAAGAUGUUACGCCGCAGUUAUUUUCUGUUUUUGUCAACCUUAAUAUCAAACAAUAGUGUUGAUGUGCUAGGAAAUCAAGAUAUGCAGAAUUUACAUGAUGUAUUGGUGACGAUUGUACAGGGAGCUGUUGAUCUGCCUGACCCACAGAGUCAGAAAAUGUGUUUCACCAUAUUGAAGAAGUUAGUGGAAUGCUGGGGCCAGGAGUCCAAUAUCCCAGGAUUCCUCGAGUUUAUCUAUGACAGUAUUGUACCCGCAUGUUUCAUGGCACCACUCAAGCCGACCUUUGACCUCAAUGAUGGACAGACAUCCCUGGCUCUUGGUGAAUGUGCACUUUGUCUCAAAUCCAUUUUAGAAAAGAGGGGAGAGGAAUGUAUCACUUAUUUACAACGAGAGUAUUUACCAAAGUUUCAGAUGUCGCCAGAGCAGGCACAGGAGUUUUGUCAAGCAUUACAGUCAGAAAGCAAAUUAUUUAGGGCAUUUUUUAAGUCAUUCUUCCUGAAAGCGAAGUCAUGACCAACACUAAACUCUAUUGUGAUCUAAAAUAGAGAGCCAGACAAAGAUGGCUGACACAGGAGCCCUGUGAUCCUGGUUACUUAGCAACAAGACUGUGAUAUUACAUGUGUUAUGUUUGUCCGUUACCAGUAGCAGUCCGCUCCACAGAGUUGAGUUUACAUGUUUUUACACGGAAUGAGCUGACCAACCUGA